AUGACAGAAUUCUGGAGUUCUAGACGCGGCAGAGUUGUUAAUGGUCGUUUCAAUGCCUUCUCGGUUCCUGAAGGAUUUCUCGCGAAGAAAGUUGUCGAGAUGCUUGAAAGAGUGCUAGUCGGUAGGCGAGAGGCCCGGCGAAACAAUGAAGACAAUCUGGACGCACUCCUGCUGACAGCCCCGUUGACCUUGGAUCGUUCGGUGUAUGCACGAAGUGCUAGAACUCGUUCAACCGAAAGCGACAUGGGAUAUCUACUUCGACCUAUUCUUGUGUCAGUUAUCCGCGGUUCAAGAAUGCGGUACUGGUCCCCAAACGGCGCUUACAGACUCGAAAUUAGCAGAAGGCGUGGCUGA